CCAAAUAUGUUUCUGUCAACAACAAAGUCAAGUCUCCAAAGCAACAGUUUGAGCGUGUUAAAGAUUAAUGUUUAAGCGAUGCACAUGCUGACCCUUUGUGAUACCUCCAGCAGCUUACAGCACAGUCCACAAAUAACAAACGUUAAACAGAAAUCUGAAGGCUAAAACAAAGCUAGAUCUGGGCAUUCCGUGUGCAUGGAGGCUUAGGCUGAUAAAGCAGAGGGACAUUAUGUUCCAGCUGAGAUCAACACGACUUGCAAAGGUUGAUCUAGCACUUCUGUUGAAACCAUAAGACAGCAUUGUAGGCAACAUGGGUGCAAGUCUCCGUGGUAACUGCAUGCUUGGCUGAAGAGUGAUAUUGCAUGUCUACACUGUAAUGAGCAGAAAGAGUGAAAAGAGAAGGAGGGGAUCUGGGUUUCAUGGUCUGCAGAAGAGAGGUAGCAUUACAUGAGACUGAAUCAGAGUGUUGACAUUGUUUCUGAGCUGAGCGCACCUAUACAUCCAUCCCUUUGGUAGGCAGGCCAUUCACCUGUCUGAGCCACAUUAGACUGGUGCUUUGGACAAAGGGGCAAAAAGGCAGGUGGAUUACACCCGAGCCAGGUGAGAGUCUGAUGCUGUUGACAUGUUGAUGCGUAUUAUAGGUGUCAGGUUUCCUGGCUGUUUCAGAGGAAAUUGGGGAUUGAUUGUGGAUGAGCCCGGGCUCUGGGUUUUCUGCUGAGAUGUGGAUGAACCCAGAGGACGUACAGUGAUACCUGGAGGAAGGCCACCAGGCAGACUUGGACUCAGGAGGAACAUGGUGCUGUUCUGAUGAUUGACUAUGAACACCCUGCUUCUGAACAGGGAGUUUACCUUUUAGUUUUUCUAGGAUUGUUGGAUUCCUAAAAAUUAUAUAUUAUUUUUACGUCAAAUGGACAAAAAAUACCCAGCAAUAGCAGGAAAAGAAAGAGGACCAGGACCUGGGCGUUAUGGACUUCCUCCUACAAUUGGAUUCAUUGGUCAUGAUUUCACAAAAUCAAGCGGCCCUGCAUAUUCUUUCCACGCCAGAACCAUUAAUACCAUGUAUUCCCUUGACUCCAGUCCAGGACCUCGUUAUCGCAUUGAUCCAAAAAUCACUCGAUUUGGAAAGGAUGGAGCACCUUCACAUUCAAUCUUGGGUAGAACUAAAAAAAGGGAUGCGCUGUUCCACACUCCAGGACCUGGCGCUUACAGCCCCGAGAGAGCGCCACCAUGCAACCUGCAGCGAAGACCCCCAUCCUACACAAUGGGCUCUCGUACACGCUACUGCAGCUCAGACCCAGUCCCUGCUCCUAACAAGUACAGUCUGCCUCCACUCCUCGGCUCUCGUGUACCAAACAAGCCGGCCAGUGCAAGCUACACCAUGUCAGGUAGUUUCAGCAGAGGGGGACCAUCCGUGGAUUUAACCAAGACACCUGGCCCCUGCAGCUACAACAGCACGGACCCGAGUGUUUAUCUUCCCCGGCAGCCUGCGUUUUCCAUGUUGGGACGUCACAGCUUACCGAAAGAUGACACCAAAAAUCCUGGUCCUGGGACAUAUAAUGCAGAAAAAGUCAUGGCUCACAAGGCCCGAGCACCAGCCUACUCCAUGGGCAUAAGACACUCCGAAUUUGUCACCCCACUUGUUAUUGGUCCAUGA